CACUAUAAUGGAAAUCCCAUAGCAGUCGAAGUGUCUCGUUUGUGGUCAUGCUAAGGGGGCGUUGUAGCAGAGCGCCUCCUCCAGGUGAAGCGGUGAUGUCACAUCCAGCCAGGUGAGCAGGCUCCGGGUUGUCCGUACAGGAGAAGGAAGAAGACGAGGACGCGGCCGCCGUACGGACAGUUCUGUGGCUGCAAUAUGGUUGCUGCUUCCAUCAGGCGCCUUCUGUCCCCGAGCCUCCUCCUGCUGUGCCUGGGCCUCGCUGUGCCGCUAGGGGUGGAGGCGGUGCCGGAGCCGGGGACCUGGACUAAGCCCUACUCUAAGGGUGAUGCAAUGCCUCUCUUGUUCAGAAAGAUAUUAUUCAACAAAACAUACAUAGAAGUGACACUUCAGAACGUCCAGUGCGCUAAGCCUGUUAAGAUUACUGUAACGUGGUAUCUGAUGCAUUACAUUUGCUACAAUCAAUUUUCCACCCUUGAGGAGGCUCUUCAAAAUGAUGAUGUGCGCAAACAUAUACUGGAUGGACCGUAUAAUGAAAAUACUAAGGACAUUAAUUGUGAAAAAGGAACUCACUCCAUACCAUUGCAAAAUUCAAAGUUUCAAAAUGCACAGCGCUCUGAAAACGAGAAUAAGACCAAUGCUAAGACCAAUCCUUUUUUUUCCAAUUCAAAGGGUUAUGUUGCUCAAACACAGCAAGAUGGGCCUUUUAUUUUUGUAGUUUCACUAAAAUCGGCGCUGAAUGCUGAAGAUUGGAGUUUAUUAGUUUAUACCUCAAUGGAAGGUCCUCAUGGGUACAUUUCUGCAUCAGAUUGGCCAUUAAUGAUUUUUUACAUGGUGAUGUGCAUAAUGUACAUAGUUUUUGGACUCAUGUGGUUCGUUUGGUCUGCCUGCUAUUGGAAAGAUUUGUUAAGGAUACAGUUUUGGAUUGCUGCUGUCAUUUUCUUGGGAAUGCUGGAAAAAGCAGUAUUCUAUGCUGAAUAUCAAAAUAUCAACAGUACGGGAGUGUCAUCACCCGGUCUGUUGGUGUUUGCGGAGUUGGUUUCUUCCAUCAAAAGAACCCUGGCUCGAUUAUUGGUCACCAUUGUUAGCUUGGGAUAUGGUAUAGUAAAGCCACGCUUGGGAGCGCUGAUGCAUCGUGUAGUUGGAAUGGGUGUCCUCUAUAUGAUAUUCGCCACAGUUGAAGGAGUGAUGCGAGUUAUUGGAACAAAGGAAUCCGACUUGGUUUUACUGGCAAGCAUCCCACUGGCUCUUCUGGACUCGGCACUGUGCUGGUGGAUAUUUGUAAGCUUGGCUCAAACAAUGAAGACACUGAAGUUAAGAAAAAACACAGUGAAAUACUCACUAUACAGACAUUUUACAAAUACACAAAUUUUUGCCAUAUUAGCAUCUGUGAUCUUUAUGGCAUGGACAACAAAAAAGUUCAGACUGGCACCAUGUCCAUCUGACUGGAUGGAGCUCUGGGUGGAUGAUGCUUUCUGGAGAUUCCUGUUUUCUGUAGUCUUACUCGUUAUAAUGUUUUUAUGGAGGCCAUCUGCAAACAACCAAAGGUAUGCAUUCACCCCUCUUAUGGAUGAUUCAGACGAUGAAGAAGAAGUAUUCCUUGUUACAGAUCAUUUAGCGGAAGGUAUGAAGUUAAGGGGAACAAAGUCAGAGCCUAAUGGAACAGCUAAGCCUACUGCUUCUAAUAUGGAUGAAGACCUUAAGUGGGUGGAAGAAAAUAUCCCAUCUUCAUUUGCUGAUGUGGCACUUCCAGUAUUAUUGGACUCUGAUGAGGAGAUCAUGAUGACCAAAUAUGAAAUGUCAAAGAUCGAGUGAUGUCAACCGAGAUUGCUCCUUGACAAUGAACUGUGAACUGCUUCCCCGGGAGGCCAGGAUUGGGACUGGCUACUUCAGUGUUGGAGACUUCUGAUAAUAAUCCAGUAUAUGGCGUGUUUGUACUAUCCAAUCAUCGUAAACAGAUCUUCCUUCUUUAUACAUCUGACUGGAAAUGUGUCAUAAGGGGAUUAUUUUACAGCAUAAAGACUUUAACUUCCAUACAAAUU